AUGGCUGGUUUGGUAAACACUGAUUGGAAACUGAGAGAAAACACCAUCAAGCAUCGUACUGAUGAAUAUCCCAGCAAGGAACUGGUUGUGCGACGAGGACAAGCCUUUUUGAUCUCUCUGACAUCCAGAGGAGCAUUGCCAGCUGCAGACAAACUAACAUUUACUGUAGAAACGGGGUCAACCUGUGCUCUACAGGCAGAGACACGAGUGGCAUUUGGCAUCACUAGCACACCAAGCAGAAGAUCUUGGAGCGCAGUACAGACCUCUGCUGGUUAUGGCUCCCUGAGUGUCUCCAUUUUGAGCCCAGUGGAUGCUGCCAUUGGACGCUACCAGCUCAGCAUCAAGACAGACACCAGCAGAAGCACACUCCCCUCCAGCCUUGGCACUUUUGUGUUGCUGUUUAACCCCUGGAUGCCAGAAAGGUUAGAGAUAGGAGAGCACUGGCAUGAUGCUGCGCUACCUGGACAAAGAGAAGUGCUAUCACAGUACCUGCUUGUCAUUCAUCUUUCAGAGGAUGAUGUGUUCAUGGCUAAUGAGGCAGAGCGCAAAGAAUAUGUCCUCUCAGAGUUUGGUGUCAUCUUUUGCAACAAUGGAAAAACUUUACUGCCAUGGAAUUAUGGCCAGUUUGAAGAUGGAAUUCUGGAUAUCUGCCUUUCUAUGCUGGACAUGGGUUUAAAAUACCACAAGGACUCAACUGCUGGUGUGAGCCAACUAAGUGACCCCAUACAUAUUGGGCGAGUGCUCAGCGCUAUGAUCAACUGCAAUGAUGGAGACAGAGGAGUGUUGUUUGGAUGCUGGAAGGCUUGCCGUGAUGGGAAAGACCCAGGAAGCUGGUCAGGAAGUGUGGAGAUAUUGAGGCAAUGGGAAAGCUCUGGAUUUGAACCUGUCCGGUAUGGGCAAUGCUGGGUCUUUGCAGGAGUUCUGACUACGGUCCUCCGGUGCAUAGGAAUUCCCACUCGCAUCAUUUCCAACUUCAGUUCUGGCUGUGACAAAAAUGAAAAUCUGAUUCUGGAACCAUCAGAGAGUACCUGGAACUUCCAUGUGUGGAAUGAAUGCUGGUUUGCUCGACCUGACCUUGGCUGCAUGUACAAUGGGUGGCAAGUUCUGGAUGCAACUCCACAAGGUCGAAGUACUACAGAGAAAGUCGAGUGUGGUCCAGCUUCAGUGAAGGCCAUCAAGGAGGGAGAUGUGGACCUGCCAUAUGACACUGCAUUCGUCUUUUCAGAGGUCAAUGCUGACAUCGAGGGCUCAUUGGACACCAAGUCCAUUGGGCAAAACAUAAGCACAAAGGCUGUGGACAGCAAUGAUCGCCUGGAUGUCACUGAUAAUUAUAAAUACAAAGAAGGCUCUGUCAAGGAAAGGGAAGUAUUUGCAAAGGCUUGUGCCAAACUCAAUCUGAAAACAAACCACUCUGAGUCUGCCAGAAGCUUGAGAGAAGCUGCAAAGCCUAGUGUCUUAGGGAAAAUCAAGGUGAAGAGCCCCCUGGAGAUUGGCAAGGAUGUCCACUUGGUCUUGAGACUGACAAACCUUGGCUCUACAACUGAGUACCUAACACCCAAUAUGGCCGCUUGGUCAAUUAACAACACUGGGAAACCCAUUCAUGAGAUCUGGAAAGCCUCUAUCUUGGUGACCCUUGGCCCCAAAGAAGAAAAAGAAUUUCCUAUCAAUAUUUCAUAUGCUAAGUACAAGCAGUACCUGCUGAUAGACAACCUGAUUAAAGUCGCAGCUUCAUGGUCAAAAAAAGAGGGGGGAAAUGUGAACAGAGUCAUAAUCCUCGAGAAACCCAGCGUCACAAUAAAGGUGCUGGGAGAGGCAAAAGUGGGCAAGGAAGUGAAGGUGGUAGUGACCAUUGACAACUGUUUUGAUGAGGAGCUGAAGGAUGGUGUGCUGAAGGCGGAGGGUAGUGGCUUACUGGAAAAAACCUUCAAGAAAAAUGUACCACCACUGAAUCCCCAGGACAGCUAUCAAGUCCAGUUUAAGUUCUUUCCCAGAAAAAGUGGGACCAAGUAUCUGCUUGUCAACUUCUCCUGUAACAAAUUUAAAGACAGCGUAACCUAUCAGGACAUUAAUGUGGUCGACUGA